AUGGCUUCAGCAAAGAAGGCCGAGCUGCCCCAAGGGUUCCUCGACGGACCAGCUCCAAACCUCAUCAAGCACGUCGUCGACUUCAAGAAGGAGGGCAUACCAGUAUAUGAAGGUCGAUGGGCUGUCAUUCUGGACGGCGUUCUAUCAGAGGAGGAAUGUGAUUGGUUGACGAAGGCUGCAGAAGCGACCACCGCAGGCGAAUGGGAGCGGGCAAUGGUGAAUGUUGGAAAUGGUCAACAGAGGCUGUAUGAGGACACCAGGAAGUGCGGGCGUAUCAUCUGGGAUGACCGCGAGGUGGUUGCUAAAAUAUGGGCGAGGAUACAGGAUUCGGUUCCUGACAUCCACCGGUUGCAAGACUGGGCCGACGUGACUGGUCUUGGGCCUGCAAAGCGCAAAGAAACCUGGAAAGUGACACGAUUGAAUGAGAGGAUGCGAUUCUUGAAAUAUGUGGGAGGGGAGUACUUCAAAGCCCACAAUGAUGGCUGCUACGAAACGCCUGACGGCACAGAGCGCUCGUACUUUACGCUCCACCUGUAUCUCAACGACGCCGCAGACCAGCUCAAGGGCGGCGCAACCACAUUCUACGAUUAUCGAAUGGACAAGAAGAUCGAUGUUGACCCGAAGAGUGGGCGCAUCCUCAUUUUCCAGCAUCGCAACCUUCUUCAUUCGGGCGAUGAUGUAAAGAGCGGAAUCAAGUAUACUAUGAGGACCGAUAUCAUGUAUACCAAGGAGUAA